CUACGACCUUAUUGAUUGAUUGGGACUCCCCCAAAACGGACAAAUUCACAGGCGAUAUAUCAAAGUAUGAAAUCUGUUACACCGGAGCCUUCAGCACCAGACGGCUGCAUCGACAUUGGCGCGAACAAGUUCCAGUGGAAUGUUACCGAGUUACAUCCUUAUGUGCGGUACGCACUUAAAAUAAGGGCAGCGGCGUUGCUUGGUUACGGACCGUUUUCCACCAUUGAAUAUGCGACUACAUUAGAAGCAGCUCCGAGUGGCCCACCGUCCGAUCUUCGUGUAACCUUCGUGAACGCAUCGUCAUUGAUCGCCUCGUGGUCGCCGCCCGAGCUGGUUCUACAAAACGGUGUUAUUCGAAGUUAUAACGUCUGUGUCCGGAGUUUCACGAUAACCUCUCGAUGUGGACACGUUGUUUUACCUGGAAGUCAAAAUAAUUACAUUGCCUCUGGUCUUGCGCCUUUCACCAUUUAUGACGUGAUUGUUAGUGCGUCCACCUCCGCGGGGCAUGGACCGAGUAUGCUGGUGGCCACCAAGACAUCAGAAGCAGUUCCGAGCGGUCCGCCGACUGAUCUUCGUGUAGUUUUCGUGAACUCGUCGUCGUUGACCGUCACUUGGUCGCCGCCCGAAAAAGAACUGCAAAACGGCGUUAUCGUGAGUUACAAAAUUUGCAUCAGAAGUUUGAGGAUAAACGACAAAUGUGAAAACAGAGUUUUGACUGCAGACCAAAGACACUUCACCGGGACGAAUUUAACCCCGUACACUGUGUAUGACGUCAUUAUUAGCGCGGCUUCCUCGGUUGGGGAUGGGCCGAGCGUGAUGGUGAGCAACAGAACAUCGGAAGCAGCACCCUCAGGAUCUCCUCUUUCGUUCACGGUUCAUUCUCUCAACUCCAUUCAACUCAACUUGACGUGGAAAGAACCAAGGUCCGAAAACCAAAAUGGUAUAUUGACAGAAUAUCGUCUGACAUUGCUACCAGAACCUUGGAGUCUGACCAACAACAGGACCAUCUUGUUGCCAAGGGAUCGCGUCAGCUACCUGGCAACAGAUCUUCGACCUUACGUGAAAUACGUCAUCGAAAUACGCGCCAGCACAAAGGCAGGCUUUGGACCAGCAGCUGUUCUUAACGUUAGAACUUUAAUGGAAGCGCCAUCUGGUCCACCGACAUUCGUGCAAGUUAAGAAUGUCACUUCGACAACAUUUCAAGUGGCGUGGUUGCCACCAGCGCGGGAGAAACAGAACGGGGUGAUUAUUUCCUAUUCCCUCUGCAUCAGAGAGUUCGGUGUGCUACACGCGUGUAACGACACGAGGUUCGUGGCUGGUACCCAGUCUCAACACCUGUUCACUGAACUCAGCCAGGACCGAGAAUAUUUGUUAGAGAUUAAAGCUGCCACGAAGAUUGGUUAUGGACCAUCAGCAUUUGUGCAGAAAAUGGCCGGCAAGUGCGACAGCGCUCUUCUGAGCGACCGAAAUAAGAUUCGCAAUUUCCAAUUUUCUGCCAGUGGCUUUUUGAGCGAUGGUCACGAAGCAUUUCAAGCGCGUUUUCAAAACCUCCAAAUAUGGUGCGAAGACGGUGCGAAAAUGGGAGCUUUUAUACAAGUGGACAUUGGGGGACUCAAUAGGAUAAUCGCCGUAGCUACGCAAGGGGAUAUAAGUCAGAAGGCUUGGGUGACAUCAUACAAUGUCCAGUACAGCAAGAACGGUGCCCACUGGACGACAGCGACUGUCAGCGGUAAAGAGAAAAUUUCUGGAAACUCUGGUGCUGAGAUUGUCAAACACUAUCUGGAUGAACCGGUUUUAACUCGUUUUAUCCGGUUUAAAGUUGUCACGUUCUCUGGUCCCCAUCAAUGCAUGAGAAUCGAGAUAUACGGCUGUUCUCCUGCCGUCACUCCCGACUCUUUAUCUGUGACAUCAUCAAAUGCCACGUCACUAAAGAUUGCCUGGCAACCGUCCAAGACGACAGACAAGAACGGCGAUAUACAAGGCUACGUAAUCUGUGCAAGAGAGACGUCAUCGGUCACGUGCAGAAAGAACAAGACGUCCACUGAUCUGAGGACAAAGUGGAUUGAGGGUUUGAAGGCGUAUACCGACUAUGUGAUUGAAGUUGCUUCAUUUAAUGUCGCCGGAGAGGGAACUCCGAUCUCCAUUGUACAUCGCACUGAGCAAGCAGCGCCAUCUUCUGGUCCAGAAUACAUUGAAGUCGUAUCCACAACAACAAAAUCCAUCCGUUUGUACUGGAGCAAGGUACCCGAUGAUGCGCGCAAUGGUAUCAUCACCACCUACUCGCUGUGUUUCCAAGAAUACGAGCAGAAGCAUCCGUGCUCAAGUUUCCAGGAUAUACCGUCUGGUUCUCGGAGUUUUCUACUCUCCGGUCUUCUACCUUUCAAGGAAUAUCUCAUUUUUAUAAAGGCGGCAACUGUAGCAGGCUGGGGUCCUUCUACGUCCCUCCGUCACUGGACACUGUCAGCGCUUACUAAAGUAGCAUUGACGACACCAGAUUACAGAGAAAAGAACAUUGCUUUGGGAAAGAAGACUUAUCAGUCCAGUGUUGUGGAUCAAGGCAUUUCGUCCAACGCGGUUGACGGUAAUAGACACCCGGACUAUUCCGAGAAAUCUUGCAUUCAGACAGAUCAGCAACUCGAGCCUUGGUGGUUAUUGGAUCUGGGAGAGGAUUUCUAUGUAACCUCAGUUGUUAUCACCAAUAGACGCGAUUGUUGCAGCGAUAGACUACAAAACUUUGAGAUUAAGGUUGGAGACAAUAAUAUCAACGGUGGUGUGAUAAAUGCGAGAUGUACGCCGAUAUUCCAAUCAGGUUUAGAGCCAGGGGAAUCUCGCGAGAUCAUUUGCGAGGAGCCACUCAAAGGACAGUUUGUCAGUGUUAUCAUUCCAGCUAAUUAUGGUGUAUUGAACUUUUGUGAGGUUGAGGUUUAUGGAAGAAGACCGGCUUCUGUGUUACGUCUGAAGUUGAUCUCAAAUGGUGUGGCCGAGGCUGGUGCAAGCAAGGACAUCUAUUCUCAAAUAGUCGAUAACGAUAAAAUACACAUCUUUACCGAGCCAGGAAUUAAUUUCAAAAUCUACGAUAUUGAAUCAGGCAAAGUUAAAGGCUACGAUAUUGCGAGUGAUUCUCUCAGUUUUUUAACGUGGUCUCGCAGUGAUUCUGAAAUCAAAAUGAAAGAUUUUCUGGACACCUCCAUCAAUCCUGGAACGAUCGUGUGUAUGGUUGUGUUUUUCAGCGGCGAAAAAUACUACAAAGCCGCGAUACCAUAUUUAGAGCAACUGGUGGAUCAACCAAUCACAGCAGACCUCGAAUAUGGGGAAUCAUGGGCCUUUCUGGGUUAUAAGGGGAUCCACAAUCCGAUCCCUUAUUGGCGAAAAAUGGUACGAAAGAAGAUUGGCCGUGGACCGUCAAGAAUUGUCGAGCUUGUGACAUUGAGAAAAGCUCCAAGUGGACCGCCUAGCCAUGUCAAAAUAGUCUACACUGAUGGUAACUCGAUAAAACUAACGUGGUCAAGACCUGAUGAUUAUCUGACAGAUUAUGAUUAUCCCUUCAACUACAGUCUCUGCAUCGCUGAUAACCUCAAAGCAAACGCUUGCGUUCUGGUUGAAAAUGACUUCAAAUAUACAUUCACUGGACUGUUACCGUUAUCCCUUUAUUCUAUCACGCUUCGUGCCCAGUCGGCGAGCAUGUUUGGCGACGCGUUCAAACUAAAUGCUUUCACAAUUGAGCCAGACGCCGCACGUAUCGACGUCCAAAUGAUCUCACGAGUGGAAGAAGAUGUAUUAUAUCGCGUGUAUGGACGAGCUAAUUCUUCCAUAAUUGUGUCUGGUGUGAGCUAUGAAUUUAACCAGCACGGACAUAAUUUUCUCGUUCUUGAUGCGAAAACAGGAAAUAUGAUUCAUCGCAACUCGUUCAACACAUUCACAGACACGAAGAGCGGGGCAAAGAUGUCGGCGUUUCUUUCAACUUUACCCGACAAAGUUCUUAUUUUUAUGGUCGUAUAUCAUCGUGCGCAUGUCUACUACAGUGAUGCCGCUUCCUCAUUGAUCGCCGUCUGUCCUCAUGCGCCCUCUGUGCUUACUAAAGGUGAAUCAAACGCGCUGAUUUGCCUCAAAGGCACGGGAACUGCACCGUGGAUGAAAUCGAAAAUUUCAACCUAUUCGUCUGGACCAGCUGUGCUUGAGACUGAAAUCUUGUUGCCAAAAGAUUUAUCAACAUAUCCCACCAUAAAAAGCGUAUCUUCAUCUGCUACGACCUUAUUGAUUGAUUGGGACUCCCCCAAAACGGACAAAUUCACAGGCGAUAUAUCAAAGUAUGAAAUCUGUUACACCGGAGCCUUCAGCACCAGCGGCUGCAUCGACAUUCGCGCGAACAAGUCCCAAUGGAAUGUUACCGAGUUACAUCCUUAUGUGCGGUACGCACUUAAAAUAAGGGCAGCGGCGUUGCUUGGUUACGGCCCGUUUUCCACAAUUGAAUAUGCGACUACGUUAGAAGCAGCUCCGAGCGGCCCACCGUCCGAUCUUCGUGUAAAUUUCGUGAACGCAUCGUCAUUGAUCGCCUCGUGGUCGCCGCCCGAGCUGGUUCUACAAAACGGUGUUAUUCGAAGUUAUAACGUUUGCGUCCGGAGUUUCGCGAUAACCUCUCGAUGUGAACACGUGGUUUUACCAGGAAGUCAAAAUAAUUACAUUGCCUCUGGCCUUGCGCCUUUCACCAUUUAUGACGUGAUUGUUAGUGCGUCCACCUCCGCAGGGCAUGGACCGAGUAUGCUGGUGGCCACCAAGACAUCAGAAGCAGCUCCGAGCGGUCCGCCGACGGAUCUUCGUGUAGUAUUCGUGAACUCGUCGUCGUUGACCGUCACUUGGUCGCCGCCCGAAAAAGAGCUGCAAAACGGCGUUAUCGUGAGUUACAAAAUUUGCAUCAGAAGUUUGAGGAUAAACGACAAAUGUGAGGACAGAGCUUUGACUGCAGACCAAAGACACUUCACCGGAACGAAUUUAACCCCGUACACUGUGUAUGACGUCAUUAUUAGCGCGGCUACCUCGGUGGGGGAUGGCCCGAGCGUGAUGGUGAGCAACAGAACAUCGGAAGCAGCACCCUCAGGAUCUCCUCUUUCGUUCACGGUUCAUUCUCUCAACUCCAUUCAACUCAACUUGACGUGGAAGGAACCAAGCCCCGAAAACCAAAAUGGUGUAUUGACAGAAUAUCGUCUGACAUUGCUACCAGAACCUUGGAGUCUGACCAGCAAGAGAACCAUCUCGUUGCCAAGGGAUCACGUCAGCUACCUGGCAACAGAUCUUCGACCUUACGUGAAAUACGUCAUCGAAAUACGCGCCAGCACAAAGGCAGGCUUUGGACCAGCAGCUGUUCUUAACGUUAGAACUUUAAUGGAAGCGCCAUCUGGUCCACCGACAUUCGUGCAAGUUAAGAAUGUCACUUCGACAACAUUUCAAGUGGCGUGGUUGCCACCAGCGAGGGAGAAACAGAACGGGGCGAUUAUUUCCUAUUCCCUCUGUAUCAGAGAGUUUGGUGUGCUACACGCGUGUAACGACACGAGGUUCGUGGCCGGUACCCAGUCUCAAUACCUCUUCACCGAACUCAGCCCGGACCGAGAAUAUUUGGUAGAGAUCAAAGCUGCCACAAAGAUUGGUUAUGGACCAUCAGCUUUUGUGCAGAAAAUGGCUGGCAAAUGCGACAGCGCUCUUCUGAGCGACCGAAAUAAGAUUCGCAAUUUCCAAUUUUCUGCCAGUGGCUUUUUGAGCGAUGGUCACGAAGCAUUUCAAGCGCGUUUUCAAAACCUGCAAAUAUGGUGCGAAGACGGGGCGAAAAUGGGAGCCUCCAUACAAGUGGACAUUGGGGGACUCAUUAGGAUAAUCGCCGUAGCUACGCAAGGAGAUAUAAGUCACUUCAACGCUCGGGUGACAUCAUACAAUGUCCAGUACAGCAAGAACGGCGCCCAAUGGACGACGGUGACUGUCAGCGGUAAAGAGAAAAUUCCUGGAAACUCUGGUGCUGAGAUUGUGAAGCACUAUCUGGAUGAACCGGUUUUAACUCGUUUUAUCCGGUUUAAAGUUGUCACGUUCUCUGGUCCCCAUCAAUGCAUGAGAGUCGAGUUAUACGGCUGUGCUCCUGCCGUCACUCCCGACUCUUUAUCAGUAACAUCAUCAAAUGCCACGUCACUAAAGAUUGCCUGGCAACCGUCCAAGACGACAGACAAGAACGGCGAUAUACAAGGUUACGUAAUCUGUGCAAGGGAGACGUCAUCGGUCACGUGCAGAAAGAACAAGACGUCCACUGAUCUGAGGACAAAGUGGAUUGAGGGUUUGAAGGCGUAUACCGACUAUGUGAUUGAAGUUGCUUCAUUCAAUGUUGCCGGAAAGGGGACUCCGAUCUCCAUUGUACAUCGCACUGAGCAAGCAGCGCCAUCUUCUGGUCCAGAAUACAUUGAAGUCUUAUCGACAACAACAAACUCCAUCCGUUUGUACUGGAGCAAGGUACCCGAUGACGCGCGCAAUGGUAUCAUCACCACCUACUCGCUGUGUUUCCAAGAAUACGAGCAGAAGCAUCCGUGCGCAAGUUUCCAGAACAUACCAUCUGGUUCUCGGAGUUUUAUACUCUCCGGUCUUCUACCUUUUAAGGAAUAUCUGAUUUUUAUAAAGGCGGCAACUGUAAAAGGCUGGGGUCCUUCUACGUCAGUCCGUCACUGGACACUGUCAGCCCCACCGUCCGGGGGUCCUACAAAGGCAUUCGUAAAAGGGAUCGGUCCAACUGGUUUAGAAGUUACGUGGUCUCCACCGGAAGUAGAGAAAAGGAACGGAAUCAUCGUAGCCUAUCGUUUGUGUUCAAAGGAGAUCAGCGAUACCAAGCCAUGUCAUAAUACUGUUGUUGUCGGUGGGAGCAAGGGGCUGUUACUUAUAGCUGGGUUGAAACCUUAUAGAUGGUACACUGUAAGCGUGGAGGCAAGCACCACUGGGGGAUACGGUCCCCCCACCAGGGUUCGUCAUAGAACAGGGGAGUGGGUUCCAUCGGGUACUCCAAGCGAAAUUUCAGUUACAGCUUUCAACUAUACUUCUAUAACUGUUUCAUGGAAAAGCCCUGACGAAAGCGAGACGAACGGUGUACUAACAUCGUAUGCAAUUGAUGUUUACGAACAGCUAGAUAGCGGGUAUCUCAAAAUGUUUUCAAAUGUGACAGUAUCAAAUGCAGUUCUCUCCUGGACUUGCAGUAAUUUAAAGGCAAAGACGGAGUAUAUUAUUGAAGUAAAAGCAGGAACUGUCGUUGGCUUUGGGCCGCCUAGUGUUGUUCACCAAAAGACGUCAGGAAAAGCCGAUGUGAAGUAUGUAAAGAAGUCAAACAAAGCAUAUAUAGCGUUAGCAAAAGCGGGAAUCGCUGCGGGAGUUCUGAGUUUUUUGGGUGUCGUUGGAUUUUUCGUUUUCAUAUCAUUGCUUGUGACAGGUUAUGUUCCUUAUACAAGCCCCUGGAGAAAGCGUCGACGGGAGGUAUGGCGAAAGAAAGCGAUGAGACGGAAUGAAGAAAGAGAAAUACGUUCAAGUGAUUCAGAGGAAUCCGAUUUUAACUCAAGUAUACGUAAUUCUAGUGAGCGUGGAUCAAGCGAUGAUGACUCAGACGGCAGGCCAUCACAAAAGAGAACCGGGAAACAGGAGGGAUCAGGAAGGAAAGGCAGGACAGCUAAGGACGACAGCUAUUCCGAAUCCAUAUAUAACCCCGGCCAUAUAUCUGUAUCCUUACCCAACCCUGAGCAGGGGGAAAUUUACGGCCAAGUUUUACUGAAUGCUUAUGCAAAGAGUUUAAUGGAUAUGCAAUCCAUCUAUGGUGGAAGCACAUACGGCACUCGUCCCGUAGAAAAUAUAUACGGUAACCGAUCGGUAGUUAACAUUCCCCCACCGGGGAACAUAUACGGAGGUAAUAAUCUCCUGCCAGAAAACAUAUACGGUAACCGAUCUGUAGUUAACAUUCCCUCACCGGGGAACAUAUACGGAGGAGGUAAUAAUCUCGUGCCAGAAAACAUAUACGGUAAUCUAUCCGUGGGUAAUUUUGUCCCACCGGAGGACAUAUACGGAGGUAAUAAUCUCGUGCCAGAAAGCAUAUACGGAAAUCUAUCUAUGGGUAAUUUUGUCCCACCGGAAAACAUAUACGGCGAUCUAUCGGUCGGCACUAUUAACCGACCAGGUGAUAGGCAGAAUAGCUGCGCGGUGAUGCCAGAGGAAAUUUAUGGACCAAAUGUCAAUACCCUAAGUGUACACAACUAUCCCAGCAGUGUGACCUCAGAGAAUCUUUAUGGUACACAUUAGUGAUCAUAAUCUUCGAUAUUAUUGAUAACAA